AUGGCGGCCUCCACAAAACUUGCCACGUCUCCUACAAUAUUAGAAAAUGUGGAAAAUUUGACAGAUCUUGAGGAGAUUAGAAGUGCUCUUGAUGCUCUGGACGAUGAGGAGGAAGUGGUCAGUAAAGAUUUGGAUGCAUUACUGGAACAUCAGAGAACACUGGAGACCAAGAUGAUGGGCCUUCACAAAAUGCUCCCCAAUCUUCAGUUGUUAGAGGGAGAUUCCAAACAGUUGGCAGGCAUGAUUUCUUUCACAUCCACUCUGGCGGAGAAUGUCAGCAGCAAAGUCAGACAGUUAGAUUUGGCAAAGAGUCAGGUGACGAGCUGUCUGACACGUGUGGAGGACAUCCUGGACCUGAAGUUCUGCACGGACGGAGUUCAGUCAGCUCUCCAGAUGGAGGACUAUGAGACAGCAGCUGGACACAUUCACAGGUUCAGGAGUCUGGAUGAAAACAUCCUGCGCAUGACGUCAGACGCAGGGGAAGGUAGUCAGCUUGAAGUCUCAUUCAAACUUCUUCACGAAUCAGAAGAUAAGCUGAGAACGAUAGUCCACAAUAAGUUUGACGCUGCAGUCCAUUCUGGUGACUUAGCAUCAGUAGAGAGGUUCUUCAAAAUCUUCCCUUUGGUCGGAUUACACGAGGAAGGAUUGACAAAAUAUGGCAAGUUCCUGGCAGCUCAGCUUUCAGAGAAAGCUGAAAAUGAUCUGAAGUUAGCUCUGGUAUCUGACUCCGAUGACAAGAGGGCUAAUGUGCUUUAUGCUGACACGCUCACACUUCUGUUUGAGUCCAUCGCCAAGGUGGUUGAUGUUCAACAACCAUUAGUGGAAACAUAUUAUGGUCCAGGCAAGCUUUUUGUUUUGUUAAAAUGGGUACAAAGAGCUUGUGAUCGACAGGCGAGGAAACUUAUAGAGCAUUUUAAGAAGAAAAGGGACUUUGAUGCCAAGGCACAACAGGUACAGCAGAGUACCAUGUUUCAUAAACAGGCAGCUUCAGAGAAAUUGGAUCCCAAAGAGUUAGAUGUUUUGUUGUCUGAGUUAGUACUGCUCUCUGCCAGAACUGAGCUUUAUCUACGCUUCUUACGGAGAAGAUCAACAUCAGACAUGGAAGUUGCUGAACAACAGGAUGAGACUCAAAAAGGUUUGGUUAAAAAUGAGAUAAGUAACUUCUUCACCAAUUGUGAAUUGAGUCGCUUAAUGCAGGAGCUGAUUGGGAACUAUAUCAUGAUGGAGGAAUAUUUUAUGAGAGAAAUGGUUUUAAGGUGAGCAGUAAGCAUGGACAGCACAGACCAGGGCAUGCUGACCUCCAGUAUGGUGGACGACACCUUCUUCAUUGUCAAGAAAUGUGUCAGGAGAGCUAUUUCGAGUUCGAGUGUUGAUGGUGUCUGUGCCAUGCUGAACCAUGCCUGUACGACCUUGGAACAGGACUUCAGAGAGGUGUUAUUCUCACAUCUCCGUGCAGGCUUCCCCUCAGGCUUUGAUCUGACACAAGCAUACAACCUGGUCCAGUCUAGCAUACAGACCGGGAAGCUACAGAGCUCUGAUGUGGAGAAGGAGAAAGCUAAGGCCAUUUUUCUGGUAACUCUGAACAAUGCUGAAACAAGCUGUGAUUACUUGCAGAAAUUAAAAGCCAGUUUAGAGGAAGAAGUUUCUAAACUUUACGGUCAAACAGUGGAACAAAAUAAAGCUAAACUAGAGAGUUGCUUGUCAGAUUUGUUAGGUGUUUCCAAUCGUUUUAAGGAGGCUGUGGAGUUUGGUUUUUCCCAACUGCACAGCAGUGCUGUCAAGCCAAGAAUCAAACCUAUUGUAGAUACAUUCCUUUCCACCAACCACAACAUAACUGAGGAUGAGUUCACAAAUUAUGAAGCUAAUGACCCAUGGAUUCAGAACUUCAUUGUCAGUUUGGACACGUUGCUGGCCACAUUUAAGGCUGCCCUUACUCCCACAAACUAUGAUGCCUUUGUCAGUCUGGUGACAACAGAAAUCACAACGACACUGGAAAAAGCGCUGAUGAAGUCGGUCUUCAAUAGGUUGGGAGGGCUUCAGUUUGAUAAGGAACUGCGGUCGUUAGUGGCUUACCUGACCUCCGUCACCACCUGGACGAUACGAGACAAGUUUGCUCGUCUCACUCAGAUGGCCACCAUACUCAACAUGGAAAGGGUGACAGAGAUCGUGGAUUACUGGGGUCCUAACUCUGGACCCCUCACCUGGAGGUUGACCCCCACAGAGGUCAGACAGGUGCUCUCAUUAAGGAUAGACUUCAGAAGUGAAGACAUCAAAAGAUUAAAAUUGUGAUUCUGUUAGAAAAAAAUACUGAUGUAUUAUAUAUACAGAUACAUAUGGAGUUGUACAAUGAGGCCGUUUACUGACUGGUUGUGCAGUUUCCCUGAUAUUACAGUUAUUGAUUCUCAUCGAUCUUUAUGCAUAGUUACAUGCUGAACAUUAAACAACAAAUUAGGAGGAUUAUUCUGUCCAGACAACAGGUUAUAUGUUUUUCUAAAAAGCUGAAAUAAUGUCUAAAAUGAGGUUAUUAAGUAUACGUAUAAGUAUUAAGUUGACAGCUUAUUCCGAGGUCACCCAUGUUUGCCUUCCAGUCCCAUGGACAAAAUGCAUUCUCUUUACAUCUUGUAAGGAUACUGAGACAAAAGGUAAUACAUAGUUUAGAUACUUUUCAGACCAGAAUCAAACUGCAUGUGAUACCAGAGCACUUAAUUCCAUACUCUAGAAGAGGUGUUCAUUUAGCCCAUCUUAGAUGUUAAAUAUAUUAAUUCUGUUAAUUGAAUUUCUCAAAAAGCCAUUACAAAUGAAGUGUUCAAAGACUUUGUCUUCAAUGCAGGUUAACUAAUAAGUGGAUUAAUAAUAAUUUAAUGUGAAAGGAACAUUGAUUAAAGAACAAAGUUGUCCAAGUCCCAUUAUUUAUUUAUCAAAUACAUAUUUGUGGGGUUUUACGCUGUGUACAGGUAGCUCACUGGGGUAUUCCGUCUGAAGCCUACAGUGGAGGGUAGCAAUUCAUGGUCAUUCGUCUUCAUGUAUAUACUUGUAAAUAUGUAUAUAGCUGUAUACAGAAAUAUGCAGACUUCUGUCAGCUCUGUAAAGGGGCCAAAG